UUCGUGUCAGGUAUAUAAGACAGGUCUUGCCGAGCUUGCGACAAUCGUGUAGACAGUUGCCGACAUAGCAGUAUGAUCGCGCUUUGGGUUUUAGCUGUUAUCGGAGUGGUGGCGGGUGACGUGGGUCUUGGUUACCACUACAAGGUACCGCAGACGUCGUACGGCAUUCCCACGUAUCAAACCGGCUCCAGCAGCGGCGUUUAUAACACUGGUCUGAGUGGAAGCACCAGCGGCAAUAACUACAACAGUCAAUACACUGGCACCGUCGGUGCUGGUUCCAACUAUUACACUGGUCAAGGUGCCAGUCAAAAUGUACAAAGCUCAACUGUCGGAUACAACAAUGGUUACCAAAACGGUUAUCAACCAGGAGUCCAGACUACCGGAGGUUCAUACAAUACUGGAUCAAAUUCGAACUAUUACCAAACCUCAAGUUCCGGUGUGGUAAGACCCACUUACCAAACUGGAGGCGAUUACUCCGCUUUCAACCAGUACCAAACUUCUAGUCAAUAUCAAACAUCGGCUGCUGACAAGUACCAACAAUACUACAACGUUAUCCAACAACAACCAGCCCAAGUAUUCAAACAUUACUACGUUCAUGCAGCGCCUGAGGAACCCGAAGUUCCCAAAAUUCGCCAACCCAUUGUUCUACCACCAGCGCAAAAACACUACAAAGUAAUAUUUAUCAAAGCACCAGCGGCGCCCGCACAAGCUCCUCAAAUCAUUCCAGUUCAACCGCAGAAUGAAGAAAAUACUAUUGUCUACGUGCUUGUCAAGAAUCCAGAAGAAGCGAAAAACAUUGUCAUACCAAAAGUAGAACAGAAACCCCCAACUAAACCAGAAGUUUACUUCAUCAAGUACAACAAUAAACAAGAUUCUCAGGUGAUUAAUGACAUUGUUAGCGACUUAAACAAGGGAGGCUCUGAAGCAGGAUAUGAUGCACUUUCAGACGAAGCUGGUGCAGUGUCUGGAAUAAAUCAGGGAAUUGUAUCAACCUCUCAAGUCGGACAAGGCCUGUCACAGAACCAGGGUGCAAGUUCAGGGUUUGAUUCUUCAUCCCUUGGCUCAACGGUAUUCGGAUCUGGAUCAUCAGGAUCUGGUGUUUCUAGCUCCUUUGGUACUGUCCCGAGUACCGUUGGUACAUUCGAUGCAAGUUCGACUGCAACCACAGGUACUUUUGGAUCAGGUCUAACUGGCGGUGCUAACUAUGGGUCGACAUUCGGAUCAACAUUCGGUUCAUCUUCGAAUAAUUUCGGAUCCGUUUAUGAAGGUGCUAAGGGCGAAGGUCUUAGUAUUGCGUCUGCUGACACUGGAUCCUCCCAAAAUGGAUACGACAGCUCAUCGGGAUCUAGCGGAUACGAGACCUCGUCCGACUCUAGUGCAUACGAUGCUCUAUCUGGAUCCAAUGUUUCUUCAACCGCCAGUACCCUUAUAAAUUACGACGCAAACGCAAUUUCAACAAGCCAAGGUGUACCUCAUGAGACUUACGGACCGCCAAAGUUCAAAACUCUGUAGAUUUUAAUCUUAACAUAACUAAAUCGACUCUCUUAUUUUAAGUAUUUUUGAAUAAUAAAAAGGAAAACAUUUCA